AGCAGAGUGGCGAGUGGUAGGCUCAGUAAGGGUUCAACGCUGUGGAUGUUUAUUUCUCUUCCAUGUGGAAAUAUAAAUAUAUAUCGGUUGUUGGAUUUGGAUUCGGACGGUCAUGGUGGUUCACGUUUGAGAAAGAGGCUUUUCAGGCAGUUUACCUGACAUUGGGAAAAGAUUCAGAUCUGGAGAGGCUUUUAAAUUCUCUUGAAGUCCAUCGAGAUGGAUGAGCAGGCGAAUCCAUUGGAGAGAAACCACUGUCUGUCUGUGGUUCUGCCAGGGGGGCUGGAGAAGAAUGCCACAGUGCAUGGAAGUAAACCAGUGAUGGACCUACUGGUGACCCUUUGUGCAAGUUACCAUCUCAAUCCGUCAGACUACACUGUUGAGGUUCUCUCGACCAACAAGAACAACAUCAGCUUCAAACCAAACUCUCCUAUUGGCUCACUGGAGGCGGAGACGAUUGUGCUGAAGCCCAGAGGGAUGGAGGAAAAGAUCAGGAGGCCGUACAUGCCUGAGGCAUCUGUGCGUCUGUUGAUCAACUACAAUAAGUCCCAUAAGGCCGUGGUGCGGGUGAAUCCCAGAGUGCCCCUUGAGAUGCUGCUGCCAGUCGUGUGUGACAAGUGCGAGUUUCAAGUAGAAACAACCGUCUUACUGCGAGACUCUCAGUGCCAAGAGCCGCUGGACCUGACCAAGACCUUAAAUGAGCACGGACUGAGGGAAGUGUUUGCCAGAGACACAGCUGGCCCCCAACACACCCCCACCACACCUGAAGCAGCUGUCACGCCAACAGUGGUCCUCUCUCCACCUCCAACACGAGAUGUGGCAACAAAGGAAAAGAAACCGAAGGACAACACAGGAUUCCUCAGCUUAUUCCGAAGGAAGAAACGGGCAGAAAUGGAAGGGGCGAGGAGUGCCCCAGCUUCUCCUGGGUGCAACAAACCUGGGGGAGUCAUUACGAAAGCGCAGGGUGUUUCCACUUUUACCACCAUGCCAACAGACAUGCCCAAGAAGAGACGAGCCCCUCAGCCACCCAUGGGUGCAUCCCAGAGCGUCCCAAACAACCUCGCCACCUGUCACGUGGGAGGAUCACAGAGGUCUGCAGAAUGCACCAUAAGGAGUACCAAGAGGAGGGCCCCACCCCCUCCCGGUGCAAACCCCCAGCAGGAGCUGCAGGCACACGCAGAGGUUAAAGGGACUGUAGAUUCCCUAAACACUGUGGAGGAGCUCAGUGAAACCGAUGAGUCACACUCUGUAAACCUAUCACUCCCAUCAUCUUCAUCACCCCAUCCAUCACAUCCACGGUCAUCCUCCUCACGUCCAUCAUUUGCUCAUCUGCACAAAGUGGCUGAUCCAUAUCUCCCUUCGUUUCGAGGGAAAGACAUAUCUGACGCCCGCUCUGCUCUUGCAAAGGUCCUGACAUCCUCCGUGUCCAAAGGAACUUUGACCAAACGUCUGAGGAAAUCUGCCACCUUCCCAAAGUCCUACUGUGGCUCCUCCUUUAUGUCCGUGACUCAGAAGUGUUCUGAUAACGGGGUUUUCUGUGCAGAACCAGAAUCAGUUCUAACAUCCAACCUCCCUACUGAGAAUGAGUGGGACGAUCCCACCCAGAGAAAAGGAAUGACCACGUUCAAAGUGGUCCCCUUGAAUAAACAGCAGUCCCAUAAUGCUGCACUCCCACCAGACCAGAUAACAGUAGAAGAUAACCCUGAGGUUGGGGGCAAUCUAAACGAGACUGAGGAGGAUCCAUGUUCUCCUGACAGAUCAGUGACUGAAGCACCUUUGCAGAGUCCAGAACCCUUUUCUGAGGACAGAUCAGAGACUGAAGCACCUUUGCAGAGUCCAGACCUGUCUUCUGAGGACAGAUCAGAGACUGAAGCACCUUUGCAGGGUCGAGACCCGUCUUCUGAGGAGAGAUCAGAGACUGAAGCACCUUUGCAGAGUCCAGACCCCUCUUCUGAAGACAAGACAGAGACUGAAACACCUUUGCAGAGUCAAGACCCCUCUUCUGAAGACAAGACAGAGACUGAAACACCUUUGCAGAGUCAAGACCCCUCUUCUGAAGACAAGACAGAGACUGAAACACCGUUGCAGAGUCCAGACCCCUCUUCUGAAGACAAGACAGAGACUGAAGUACCUUUGCAGAGUCCAGAACCCUCUUCAGAAGAGAUGGAGGCUUCUGACAGGCCAGCUUCUCUUCCACCUCCACAUGAUUCAGACUCUUGGGAUAGUCCAGUCUCGCCUCUUUCUGACGUUGGGGACGCGGUUCAAAAGCGAACGAAAAAGGAGGAACCUGAAGUCCAAUGUGAGGCAUCACUAGCAUCACCGGCAGAUUGCAGCGAUGGAGAACUCGGCAGUGACGAUCCGACCAACUCAGAGGACCAGACGGAGUGUCAGAGCCCCAGUGGACAGUCUGUCAGUACAGACUUAGGCCGUGCUUUGUACAAUAAUGAGAAAGAAGUCGAGGGGGAAGUGGUACAAAAAGAGGAGGACUUUUUCCCUCCCCCUCCUCCACCUAUCUUCUUUGAUGAAGACAUGGAGGCCGUAGAGGAGAAGAGAGGAGGUACUACAGCUUCCUCUCUGCCAUCCAGAUUUGCACAGGCCGUAGCAAUGGCCGUGCAGAGGUCCCGUCUCCAGAGUCAUGGCAAAGGUUUAGGCCCUCCGGCCCCCAGUGAUCCACACAGUACACUUCCCCCAUCACCCAGGUCCACAUACCAAUACGGUGCCUGACUGCUCCCUCACACGGCUUUGAAUAAAAGUCCUUGUUUAGGGUGAAGAAUCCGAGCGAGGACACCAGCCUCAGCAUGUGUUUAAAUCACUUAAACAAAAUGUCGGCUGAAUAACAAGACAAACUGCAUCAGUUUUACGACAACAAGCAGCUGACUUGGUUUCUAUGAUUUAUUUUUUAAUUUGUAUUAUCUCUUUUUUUUUUUGUGCAAGACACCUUAUUGUCUCAUUUUACGUUGGACUUCAAGUUCACAGGUUGAACAUAAACAUUUUCUGUUGUCAGUAAGCCAAAUGUACAGGACACGAGUUGUUGAACUGACAAUGUCCUGUUUUUUUGUUUUUUUUCUUUACUUCCUUUUGAAUUUUCAUUGAAGAUGUGCCAAGGCCGGACACAACGCUGACGUUAGAGCUUUUUAGUUUGUGUUCAUGUAAAACAAAAGAAAUGAUGUACUCGCGAUAAUAUGCUUAUUCUAUGUUUGUGCCAGAAUUAGUUUUUUUUUUUCCCCUGAGGGUGUACAUUUGUGUGCUUUAAGAUAUGAAUAAUGCAGUAAAACUCAUGAACUUAGUUUCAGACUGGUUUGUUGUUUAGUCACCAGGUGGCAGAAGAGCAUUAUUUCUAAAAAAGAAAAAAAAGAAAAAAGUGAAUAUCUUGACAAUGUCCAUUUGUGAGGUCUUCUUUAUCGUGAGUUGUGGUGGAUACAUCAAAAGUGACACACUUUUUGUCAUUUUUAAAGAAAAAAGCAGCAGUAUAUCGUUUUUUUUAUUACUUAGGACCACAAAUGGACAUAAAACCUUAUUCUAAUAUUUAAUUACCAAUAAACGUCUUAGGAAUUCUUUCCAUCUCUGCCAAAUCAAUUUGAAGGAAUAAAAAAACUUUGCCUUUUAUAUAAUUAAUGGGGACAUUAGAAUUUCCUGCAAUUUCCAGCAACAAC